GAGCAUGCGCCGGUGAAUCGGACUCUGCCCUCUGUCUGAAUUCACGAUGGCUUCUGCUGGAAACUUGCAACGAUUUUGGGAGUGGGGUAAGAAAAUUAUCUGCGUGGGUAGGAACUACACCGCACAUGCAGCGGAGCUUCGUAACGCGGUGCCAAGUGAACCGUUGCUGUUCCUUAAACCACCCAGCGCUUACGUCAGAGAAGGGAGCCCAAUCCAAGUGCCCUACUACUGUCACAACUUGCACCACGAGGUCGAGCUGGGUGUAGUGAUUGGGAAAAGAGGAACAGCCAUUCCGCAGGAAGUCGCUAUGCAGCACGUUGCCGGCUAUGCCCUCUGCCUGGACAUGACGGCUCGAGACGCUCAAGACGAAUGUAAAUCUAAAGGUCUACCGUGGACUCUGGCAAAGGCCUUUGACACUUCUUGUCCGGUAAGCGAUUUCAUACCCAAAGAACAACUUUGUGACCCAGGAAAUGUCAGGAUCUGGCUGAAGGUAAACGAUCAACUGAGACAGGAAGGCAGCACAUCACAAAUGAUUUUUUCCAUCCCAUACCUUAUCAGCUAUAUCAGCGAGUUCAUCACGCUGGAGGAGGGAGACCUGAUCUUGACUGGGACACCAAAGGGAGUUUCAAGUGUUCAAGAAAAUGACGAAUUGGAGGCAGGGAUUGAGGACAUCUUGAAGAUGAAGUUCAGGGUGGUUAGAACAGACUGAUCUCUAGCUAAAUUAGCACCACUGAAAUCAAAGUGACCCAGAACUAAAUAAUAGCAUGUGUUUUGUGGAAAGAAGCUUCAUGACUUUUUCAAGAGUAUCAGGGAAAAGUACAUUUUUAAUGCCAUUCAGCCGACAUACAUUGUUGACUUUGUGGCAAUUUCUUUCAUAAGCUAAUUCUAAUGCAGAGUACUGUAACUGCCUGGAUGCUUAUUGAUGAUUCAUUAAUUGUUCAAAUAUGUAUUACUGUUUUUAACACGUUUCUCAGGGUUUGCAUCUCUGCAUCGUAAUUUAGUCAGUUUGUUGUACAGAACAUCAACGUUUAUCAUAUCACAUUGUAUUACCUUAAUUCACUUUUAACAUACAAAAAAUAUAUAUAAGCUGUAACAUCAAAUCAAAAUGUUUUAUUUUGUUGUAUUAAAAUAUCUGCACAACCCAACACCAGUUAUAUUUUCAUCCCCCCACAAAUUGCACAUAUUCAGUGUAC